UCACAGGAAAAACAAACCUCCAGCUGCCCGGAACAGGAAGCGGGGAAAACUGGACUGUCUGGUAGUGGAUGCACUAAGGUCGAUCCAGUGAAUCUGUAAAUGUGUAAAGCAAUGUGUGUAGGUAUCCAAGCUAAUGCUCAGUGUCAUAACUACUAGCUAGCAGAUUAGCUCAGCUGCUCAGUCUCGUUAGCCUUAGCUACGCUAAUACCGACGAAGUCAACACAACACAACACAACACAACACAACACAACACAACACAAGACUGGGGAUCGCUACCGUACUAAUAACUGAACUGGGAUAUCACGUAGAUUUCCUGUCUUGUCUAUCUAUCUGACGUUUUUUAAUACAUGCAGUAGAUCCUAGGACUAGUUGUCACAUUUUGUCGUGGAGCUAGUAAACAAAGGCUGAAUUGCAGUAAUCACCACGACAGUCUGCGCAUGUAAUAAUAUAUUUGAUCGACCGACUUUGGUCCUUAAAUAAUAAAAAUCUAAAUGUUUAUAGUGAGUAGUUGUAAUAAUAUAGUAUAUAUAUAUUUCUGAUUGUUACUGAUAAAUGACAUUUCUACAACAUUCCUUUGUUGUAGUAGUAGUUGUUGUUGUUGUUUUCACUUUUAUAUACACACGCAUGUCUUAACAUCUUUUUAUUCCAGCUUCAGCAACACUGUCCAUUAAAGAAAAACAUUGUGUGUCUUUAAUAUUCAGGAAACCUCUGUUUUACCAAUUAAUUGAACAAUUUAAAGAAAUGUAUUACCACAUAAAAUGUAACAAAGUUAGCAACUUUACCACUGCAUUUACUGAUUUGGAGGAGAAGUCCUUUGAAACAUCAAUUGUCUCCAUUUCCUGCUUUGUUUUGUUUAAAACCACCAUAGUGCAAUUGGUACAUACCUUUCAUUAUAUGAAGUGUAAUAUUUAUUAACCGGAAACAUAAAAAAAAUCCCUAUUUUGAAAUACUUUCAUGUUCCAUUAUUGGUAUUUUGAGUACUGUUUAGAGAAUAUUAUUCUAUCACUGAUUUAAGAAUAUCAUUUUUAUUAGGUCUGAGAGACAAGAUGGAUGAAGCACUGAACUGCUCCCUUUUGACAGGUCAGCAAUUGGAUCUAUCUACAUUUCCAAAGAGCACUGAAAAAACUGCUCAAGAUUUCCAGGCAUCAGUCUCAAACUAUGUGUCGACAAACAAAGGCCAAAGAGUUUCCCUAAAGAAACCAUCUGGUGCCAAAAUGAGGAUAGAAGAUGUUAACGGCACCGUUUACAGAGAGGAUGAGGAUAAGAUGUAUGCAUGGGGAAACUUUUUCCUUCCUGAUCCUGUCCACAUGCAGGUAUUUGCUGUGGUAGAGAAUGCCUCAUGUCUGGAUGAGCAGCCCAUUCUAAUGACCUGUAAGGACAAACAGGUGUAUGCCUACAAUGACGAGUGCCUGCAUUUGGUGGCUAAAGAUCUGGAGGAGCUACUUGAGGAGGGGUUAAGAUGGCCGGCAUACGAAAAGUAUUACGAAGGGGAUGCCUUCAAGCAUAUGACGGAGCAGGACUGGGCUAAAGAGAUGCAGAGUCCUUUAGGGAAGAAGCUGGAUGAGGAGCAUCGUGAGCUGGUGGAGUCGUUUGAACCUAGAAUUAUGGAAAUCCUCAGAAACACCAGAUCAAAACAGGAUUUGACAUCUGACUCCACUGAUGAAAGAAGUUGUAUGUUGAGUGGUGCAGGUAGUUAUAUGUAGACUAGACGGAGGAGGACUGGGCUAAAGAGAUGCAGAGUCCCUUGGGGAGGAGGCUGGAUGAGGAGCAUCGUGAGCUGGUGGAGUCGUUCGAACCCAGAAUUCUGGAGAUUCUCAAGAGCACCAGAAAUAAAAAGUAAUUGACAGCUGACGGGACUGUGUUCAUUGAGUUUAUAUGAUAUGUGUUUGUAAACAUUGUACAAAUAAAGCACUUUUGCAUCUUCUUUGAA